AGCAAGAAAAAUAUAUUAUAAAUUAAUAAAUUAAUAAAUUAAUAAAUACUAGAGAAAAAAAUAAUUAAAAUGAAUAGAAAUAAAAAAAAUAAAAAAAAAAUAAAAAAUAAAAAGUAUGAAAAAGUCGUGGAGGGAAAUUUGAAGUUACAAAAAUUUAUAGUUCUUACGAAAUUCUCCAGUUUUUAAUUCAUCAAGUUUGAUAUCAAAGUACUAAAAUGAAAAGAUAUUGUUUACUUGGGCUUUAUGGGAGAUAUAAUAGGAAUAUAAUAAACAAAAGAAGCUUUUCUUUAUCAAAAUAUUUGUGGAAUACAAAUAGUUUUGUAUUUUUCAACAAACAAAUACCACAGAUAAAGAACGAGGAACACUUUGAAGACUUGUAUUUUAAGAUUAUUGUUAGUAAUGAACUAUUGAAAUCUGAAAAAAAAGCAUUAUACAAUUCAUUGGUAUUGAAUAUAUUUAGGGAUAAAAAGUUAAAGAGAAAUGAAACGACAUUAAAUGUUUUAUUCAAUUGUUUCAAGAUUCUUAUUAAAAAUCAUCAAGAGCUUCCUAAUACUUUUAACAAAAUUGAAAAAAUGCAGCUAAUAAAUAAAUUUUUAAAAUUAAAUUAUCGGAAUGAAAGAGAUUAUUAUUGCUGGGAAUUUUAUGGGGAUAUUUGUAAAAUCGAACCAAGUUUAUUGAAGGAUAAAAAAUUGGAAAAGGAUAUUCAAUUCUUUUUAAAUUUAUUGAUUAAAAAACUAAUUGAAAAUGAAAAAGAAUUUGGAGAAGAUAACUUCAGUAAGGUUUUAAGGAUUUUUAGAGAUAAUAAUGAACUAUUUUCAGAGAAUUUUUUAAUUAAUACAGAAGAAGUUGAAGAAAUUUUUAAGGAGUAUUUAAUUAAUCAAUGUCUUAAAAAAAAUGAAAUAAAUCUUUUAUUUGAUUUUUAUGAUGGGGAAAAAAAAGCAAAAGAAAUUAUUAAAAUUGUUUUUAAUGAAAAAUUGGGCACUAAAACUUAUAAUGAUGAAUUUCAAGUCAAAACUAUUCAAUUUUUAUUAAAUAAAAAAAAUCGAUUAAAAAUUGAACAGAAUCUUGAUACUAGUGAUUGUAAAAAGUUGUUAGAAUUUUUUAUUGAAAUUAGAAGAAGGCAAAAAACACCAAAAAUUAGCAUUGAAAAAAUUCAUGAUAAGAAUAAUUACUUAGAGGAGGAAUUUUAUCGAUUACAAGAGGUUAUUGAUUUGAAUAAAUUUGAUAUAGAAGACAGUGAUGGUUCUAAGAGUAUUCGAGAGAAAUUGUUGAUUUAUUAUGGGUUUUUCAAUCAGAGAAAAACCGACAAGUAUUUAUAUCGAUAUGAAAAAUAUUCAAAGUUAGAAUUUAUUGAUGAAAUUGAAGUUAAAAACAACAACUUGAGUUAUUUUAAAAGUUUAGUUUAUUCGUACUUAUUUGAAUCUACUAAGGAUAAAGAGAAUUUAAUCAAUAAUUUCAUUUAUAAAUAUAUUAAUGGCAAGGAUAUCAAUAAUGAUGGGGAUGAAAGAUUUAAUAUAAGACUUGUCAAAUGUUUGAUUUUCUAUAAAUCGAUUAAUAAUUUCAAUGAUUCAAUUGAUAUCUACAAUAAGUACAUUAAAGAAGCAGAAACACUAGAUCGAAAGAAUAUUGCGGAUGUAAAUAUGGGGCUGGUUUCAUACUGUUACCACAUAGUUGAAUCAAUAAUGGUUUCUUCAUAUUAUAAUUUAGAUAGAGAAAUUAGUAAAUUCAUUUAUAAUGGAUCCAUCAAGUAUAAACUAGUUAAAGCUGAAAGCACAGAAGACUUGAGGUUAAAACAAUUGCUAAAGGAUUUUUCAAGCUGCUAUAAUUCAGAGAGAUUAAAAAGUGGAAGUGAAACAGAAUAUGACAAGGAAAAAAUAAAAAAGUAUCUCAGAGAGCAUUUAGUUCUUGAUUUCCUUCUUGAUCUUUAGUGGGCUUUAUUUAUUUGAAUAAUUUUAUUCAGUUUUAUUCAUUUCUUAUAGAUAUUCUCUUGUAAAACAGAGGUUCCCUUUCGAGCU